ACCCUUCUUCACUUCCAGUUGAGACAAUUUUUUUUCACGUACCUUUUGCUUCACUUCUACCCAAAGCCAUUCCAUUCCGCUCUUUCGUCUCUACACGUUAACAUUAGAGUCUCUCUUCAAAUUCUGCUCAAUUCCAUUAGAUCUCAUCUAUCUACAGUUUCAUUUCAAUUCCGAGUAAGUUAAAUUCUUGUCCUUUUCUCUUUCUUUUCCUAGAUUUUACUCUAGUUUCUUGGCUCAUUUCAAGAUUUCAGCAUUGGCUCUUGAAGAAAUGAAAAGUACCCAUGAAUGAAUUUUUUAUAAGUAAACCUGUGUUGGGUUCUAUUUGUUUUCUAGAUUGAAUUCAAGAUCUGGGUGGAUUUCAGAAUUUGGUUCUUAAAGGUUAAACAAAAGAAAGAAUCCAUGAAAGAGACUAACCCAGCCACUGAGCCUAUAGGGCAAAACCUGAUAAAGCUAAUAAGCAACCUAUGUUUCUCAGUUUUCGUAUUCUCGGUUUUGAUAUUCACAGUUAUUGCUAUCACUUACCAACCUCCAGAUCCAUGGCUGGAAUCAGCUCCUGCCCUUACUAAACUCUUUACUCAGAGCGAAAAUGCCACCUUCAAAAAUGACAAUUCUAUCCUCAAAACUGGUGAGGAUUUACAAACUGUGUCAGCCCCUGCUGUACCACCUGCUUUAGCGAUUGAACCAAUCACUGAGCAAGUGAUUGAGAAAUCUGAGGAGAAGGUCACCAACAUGACCCUCAAGUCAUCUGGUUGUGAGAAUUUGCAGAUUGUGAAUUGCUCAGACCCGAGGGUUCUGAUAACAGUUGAGAAGUUUAAUUUGAAAUGGUUCAAGUCUAUAGUGUUUUUGGAAUAUCAAACUCCUGUUAAUGGGUCAAAGCCAGAUGAGUGUGAUGUGGCAUGGAAGUUUAGAAACAAGAAAGAAAAGUCAUGGAGAAAGUAUAGGGACUUUAGGAGGUUUAAGUUUGGAAAUGGGGAAAACUGUACUUAUAAAAUUGUGCACGCAAGUGGUUGGCAUUCAGGCAUUAAUGCAAGGAGGCAAAGGAUUAAAGUUAAUGCUACUAAGAGUGGUGGAAAAAGUCCAAAAAUUGCACCAUCAGUUCGUGAUGAGGAGAUAAACGACACAAUCCCAACUUUGGGAUCUGAAAUGAAUUUUAGGAAAGGGAGGUACUUGUAUUACUCAAGAGGAGGGGAUUAUUGUAAGGGAAUGAACCAUUACAUGUGGAGUUUCUUGUGUGGAUUAGGGGAGGCUAUGUAUUUGAACAGGACAUUUGUGAUGGAUUUGAGCAUAUGCUUGGCGGGUAGUUAUAAUCCAAGUGGUAAGGAUGAGGAGGGGAAGGAUUUUCGGUAUUAUUUUGAUUUUGAACAUCUUAAGGAGAUGGCAUCAAUUGUAGAAGAGAGUGAGUUUUUGAGAGAUUGGAAGAAAUGGGAUCGUGCCCAUAAGAAGAAAGUGCCAGUCAGGAAGGUUGUGACCCAUAAGGUGAUGCCAGUGCAACUGAAGAAAGAUAAGAGCACAAUUAUAUGGAGGCAGUUUGAUGCUCCCGAGCCAGAAAAUUAUUGGUACAGAGUGUGUGAAGGACAAGCAGCAAAGUACAUUCAGAGGCCAUGGCAUGCACUUUGGAAAUCAAAGAGAUUGAUGAAUAUAGUUACAGAGAUCAGUGGGCAAAUGGACUGGGAUUUUGAUGCAGUUCAUGUGGUUCGAGGAGAGAAGGCACAAAAUAAGGAACUUUGGCCUCAUUUGGAUGCUGAUACUUCUCCCGAUGCACUCGUUGCAAAGCUUCAAGGGAUUAUUCAACCUUGGAGGAAUCUGUAUAUUGCAACCAAUGAGCCAUUCUACAACUACUUUGAUAAAUUAAGAUCUCACUUUAAGGUUCAUUUGCUUGAUGAUUACAAGGCAUUGUGGGGAAAUACAAGUGAUUGGUACAAUGAGACAAUGCUUUUAAAUCAUGGAUGGCCAGUUGAGUUUGAUGGAUACAUGAGAGUUGCAGUGGACACUGAAGUUCUUUACAGGGCAAAGACACGUGUGGAAACAUUUUAUAAUUUGACCAGUGACUGCAAGGAUGGGGUCAAUACAUGCUGACAAGGUGCAUUAAAAUCUGUGUGCCAGACAUAUCAAUGACGUUCAAGCUGGAGUUGUUUUUGAAUAGAAAAAGAAAUGAAAACAUUUUCCUUUUUUAACUUUUUGAGCUUGAUUAAGAUGUGGAUAUUAUUGGAAGGAUUUCCUCUGCUUCAAGGCUCAAUCAAGAUCACCAUUUGCAGACGCAGUUAGUUCACACACCAACUAUCAAUACACCUACCGUGUGAAAUCAGAAUAUGGCUCCCAUUAACAAAGUUUGCUUCCAUAAAUA